GUCAUUACUUUGUAUGGAAACUGCCAUGGGACAAAUCCCAGAAGAUAUCGCUGAUGAUUUUAUAAAGAUUCGCAUUGAGAAUUCACACCUGACCGAAUUGCCUCGAGGGGCAUUCUCUGGUGUUAAUGCCUUGGUGUUUCUUUGGCUAAAUUUCAACGAUAUCACCCUUAUGAAUAUCAAGUGUCUGGAAGGGCUCAGGAAUUUAACAGAGUUGAGGUUACAGGGCAACAAGCUGCGUUCAGUACCAUGGACAGCGUUCCAAGCUACGCCAAACCUAAAGAUUUUGGACCUAAAACAUAAUCGACUAGAUGUGCUCCAAGAAUACGCUUUGAGACAUUUGCCAGGUCUGACUUACUUAGACUUAUCCUUCAAUCAACUUACGGUCAUAUCAAAAGACGUCUUUCUGAACUGGCCUCUACUGCAAACAACAGGAAAACAGUGGGUCAAAGAUGGUGUGGCAGCAAAUGUUGUUCUGGCGCUCCACGACAAUCCAUGGCUAUGUGAUUGUCGUCUUAAAGGGUUUGUCGAAUUUAUCAGAACUGUGAGCCCACCACUGAUUCUGAUGAACUCUUACCUGACCUGUGCAGGACCUAGCACCCGUGCCGGAAAAUUCUUCCAUGAGCUCCUGUUGAAAACUUGUAUGAAGCCUGUGGCCUCAGCCUUAGACACCAACAUUACUUUGCAACUGGGAGCAAAUUUAACUCUCACUUGUUUAGUCAAGGCUAGGCCUGACCCCAGCAUUCAAUGGAUGUACAGUCUGAAGAUUAUAAGAGGAUUUGCUGUCAAACAGAUACGUGUGGAAGAAGACACCAUCAGCUCGCAGCUAAUAAUUCCAUCUCUUCACCUCGCAGACAGAGGAUACUACAUUUGCAUUGCCAACAACUUCAUAGGAAACUCUUCCAUUAGCGUUACUGUCAAUGUCAGGUCCCUCAACUCUUCCGUCACCUUGUCCCCUGCUUUCCCAUUAGCAUCAGCGGAGGAGAAUGUGUAUAUAGACAUCCGCAUCUCCAAGCAGACGGUCUAUGGUAUCACCUUGGAGUGGUAUGCCGUCACAGAGAACCCAGCAGAAACCUGGUUUACCAUUCACUUUGGUAAAUACGACUUUCCCAAAAAAGAGAUGAUCUACAUUGGCCCUGGCAUCAAUAGCUACUCAGUUGGUGACCUGAUGCCAGUCACAAAGUACGAGGUCUGCGUGACCCUAAAAAAUCAAGCUCCUCGUGAAGGCCAGUGCAUUGUGUUUGUUACAGGCAGUGACAUCAGCGAACUAGAACAGAGGGAGAGACUCAUUCACAUUAUAGUGAUUGUGUGUGCUAUGGUACUGGCAGUGCCUGCUGGCAUGUACGCCUGCACCACCGACACCAGGUUAAACUGCUUUGAGCGCUGUACAGAAGUGUGCAAGAGACGGAGGCAGCAGGGGAAAGACCUGAAGAGAGCAGAGGAGAGACACGGCACCUUCGAUAGCUUGCAGGCCGCCAGUGACGAAGCACUUUGUCGGGACUCUGAAGAGAGGAUGAUGAGGAGGAGGUCUGAUGAUAAGAGUGGGAAGGGCAUCAGCGGAGCACAGCUGUAUUAG